UUCCAUCUCUUCCCUUAAAAAAUUUCAUGAUUUUGCCCAAACCCCAACAACCCAAUUAAGUUGCUCCACCCUUGUUAUGGAUUCGGUGACAGAAUCCGGCGGUGGUGGGUCGUCGGAGCCCACGGGGGAGGGCUCGUCAGCUGGUGGCACAGCACCGUUGGCGGCGGCGGGGGCGGCAGCUCCACCGAGCAGGUAUGAAUCUCAGAAGAGAAGGGAUUGGAACACGUUUUUGCAGUACUUGAAGAACCACAAGCCGCCACUGUCUUUAGCGCGUUGCAGUGGCGCUCACGUGAUCGAAUUCUUGAAGUACUUAGACCAGUUCGGGAAGACUAAGGUCCAUGGAUCGGGCUGCCCGUAUUUCGGUCACCCUAACCCCCCUGCUCCUUGCCCCUGCCCGCUCAAGCAAGCUUGGGGCAGCCUCGACGCCUUGAUCGGCCGCCUUAGAGCCGCCUACGAGGAGAACGGCGGCCGCCCCGAAUCCAACCCAUUCGCCGCACGUGCCGUCAGGAUUUAUCUCCGUGAGGUCCGCGAAGCUCAAGCCAAAGCCAGAGGGAUUCCCUACGAGAAAAAGAAGCGGAAAAGAGCCGCCGCCAAUGUGUCGGUGCCUCCACCAACUGAUGUUAGCUUGGCGGGGAGUAGUAGCUCCGCCACCGUCGGUGCCGAUAUUCAACCGGAAACAACCGCUGCUGGUGAUCAAACCGGUGACGCUCCGCCGUCCACAACCGCCGCUUCCACCACCGUAUAGUCGCUUCUACUGGUUUUUCCUUCAAUUACUUUCCUUUUUUUUUCUUUUUUUUUUUAUAAAUGUUUUGCUUCAAAUAUUAGCAUCAUCUCAUCAUCAUCAUCUCUCCUAAUUGUGAUUAUGAGUUUUAUUUAAUCAUAUAAUAUUCAACCAUUCUCAUUAAUCCU